CGCACCAGCGCAUCUGGCAGAGGCCGCUGGCACCGAGGUUUUGGGAUCGCGUCUGUCUGAAUCUAGACUCCAGAAGCAUCGCAACCAAACGAGCAGUACCAAAGCCGCAAUCUGCCGCAUGAGCUCCGAGCAUGUGGUCCUGCUGGACGGCAGCAGCGACAGCGAAGGCGACGACAUUCCCAGCAAUGCUCUAAACGAUACCCGGAGUGCCAUCCAGCCAGCGCGCGCUCUCCAGAAUCCGGAGGCGAUCGAGGAACCCAGCAAAGACAACCGACCCCAAUCUCAUCCGCACUUUGCGCAGCUGGAGAUUCUCAAGUCUGUUCUCGUCGGUGCAUCCGACGAUAAGCUGCUGCAUUACCUGGCUGCAGCAAACGGCGAUGUCUCCCAGGCAGCCAACUUUUAUCUGACGGACGAUGCAAGGGCGGCCACAGCGGCAGCAACAUCCCAUCCGAUCCUGCUGCAGCAUGCCCAGACACCGAUGCUGCACGCCAGCCCGCCACAGUCCCCGCCAAGCACUUUGCAGUCGCAGAGGAAGCUGACUCAAGCCAAGGUCAACGCUCGAACAAAGCCGUCCAAGGUCCCAGUCGAAGCCGAAACCGAAGCCGAAGCCGAACCACACACACUCAUCCAGUUCCCAGCCCAGAUCGGCGAGGUCAUUGCGAUUGCCCUGUCGACAACUCGGGGCCGUGGACUCUUGCUCGACGGUGACCUGCUGACGGUCGAGAGACCCAAAAUGACAGGACCCGUCGCAAAGAAGCGCAAGACAGGCGGGUUCAACCUCUCUGGCAGCUCUUCAUUCUCCCUUGGUUCCAAGGGAAACACGAUCGUGCGCCUGAUCCAUGCUUCCAGCGGAAGAGAGAUCGCCAAGCUUCAUUCCGACUACGGCUACUUUGUGAGCCGACUGAUCGAUUUGGAUGUGUGUCACUUUACAGCAACUGCCGUCGCUCCACCGAUGGACUUGAACGUCACAGACGAAAUCAUCGUGAGCAUGAAGGUUUACUUCAAAGACAGGGCAUUUUCGGCCGUCCCACCGUCGGUGUACGCAAAAAUGAGUACCGAGGAAGUCGAAAAGCAGGCAGAAGAGCGGAGGGACUGUCUCAGGGUGCUCUUGGAAAGACUCGGCCAUCUUGGCACCGCGUCAUCAAGCGGCUCGGCGACAACGGGGUCACACCCUGGGCCAGACGCAGUCAUGAGCGACACUGAGCUGCGCCAGAUAUACGAGAAAGCAGAGCGAUUCGAAGCCCUUCUCGACGAAACCGAACCUGCCAAAGGCAUGACUGUCACGCUCAGGUCCUAUCAAAAGCAGGCGUUGUCGUUCCUUUUGAAAAAAGAGCAACAUGGAGCCGAGAUUGAUCAGCCUGACGACGGGCACGAGUCCCGCUCGGCACAGAGCUUAUCACCACUUUGGAAGGAGCUUGCUUUCUUCGACUGCGACAACAAGUUCUACUUUGCGCCCCAUUCAGGCGAGCUUUCGCUGACACGGCCCGUAGAGAAGCCCUGCCAUGGCGGCAUCCUGGCUGAUGAAAUGGGACUCGGGAAAACGAUCGAGAUCAUAUCCCUCAUUCACUCCAACCGCGCAGGGAAGCAACGCUCGGAAUCCAGCCACUCGCCUGCCACGCUGGUUGUCUGUCCUUUGAACGUCCUUGCUCAAUGGCGCGACGAGAUUGAGCGUUGCCUUGGCUCAGCUGGCGAUGUGAUGGUAUAUUAUGGCAAUGAGCGGAAACUCGGUACACACUCAUGGCCACUGGUGGUUCUAACGACAUAUGGAACGCUAUCGAGCGAAAUCGACCGAGGUACCUCACCUCUGUACUCUACUGUCUGGUUCCGAAUCGUCCUGGACGAGGCACAUUAUAUCCGGGAGCGAUCGACCAAAAUGGCAAAAGCGUGCCACAUGCUCUCAGGCAUCAAUCGGUGGGCAAUCACGGGAACACCGAUCGUCAAUAAGUUGGAAGACUUGUUUUCGCUCGUGCACUUUCUGCGACUCGAGCCUUGGUGUCAGUGGUCGUUUUGGAGAACACACAUCUCCGCUCCAUUUGCUCUGAAGCAGUCCAAGGCUCUGGAGACUAUCCAGACAAUCCUCGAGCCAAUUCUCUUGCGGCGCACCAAGAACAUGGAGAUCAACGGCAAAGCAAUCGUAUCGAUGCCGCCCAAGACAUGCCACAUCAAGCGCCUUGCCUUUUCGGACGACGAGAGACGGAUAUAUGAUGAUCUCCACAUGGCAUUCAAGCAUCGGCUGUGCUCACUAAGAAUAUCGGGCCGGCUGAACUAUCACUUUGUCUUCCAGCUACUGCUGAGGCUUCGUCAAAUGUGCGAUCAUCCGCUGCUGCUGCGAAACUUUUUGCGGAAUCUUGGCGAAGCUGAUGGACAAGGCGGUGUCGGGAGCGAUGUCGAGCCGAUGCAGCUGAAUACCGAAUCGCUGCAGCAGCUUCUCUCGAACUACUACCGAGACGGCGGCGGUGGCGGCGAGACCUUUGGCGAAGAAGUGACCAAGGCACUCGAGCGCCAAGAGGAGCAAGAAUGUCCGAUUUGCCUGGACACCAUAGCGGUGGCAACUAUCCUUCCUUGCCUCCACAUUGUGUGCCGCACAUGCAUCGAAGACUAUAUCCAGGCCAAGCAAGCCCACGGAGAGGAGGUGGACUGCCCUGUAUGCCGUCGAGUAUACAGCGGAGACCAGAUCUCGCAGCUUGUGCAGGCCACCCUGAGUCUCGAUGCAUCGGAAACCAAAGAAAGCACCGACGAGCGUCUUGACAAUCCGGUCGAGACCACUCCGAGCAACGGCCUCAAAACCUCUGCCAAGUUGAUUGCGCUCCUUGAGGAUCUCCAGCGGAUCCGCGACGACGGCUGCGAAAAGACGAUUGUGUUUUCCCAGUUUACAAGCAUGCUCGAUCUGAUCCAGACAUCGCUUGUGGAACAUGGAUAUUCCGUCGUCAGACUCGACGGCUCUCUGUCGCAGAAGCAGAGGGAGUCGGUGCUGAAGGAAUUCAAGACCAACGACAGCGUCACUGUCCUGCUUGCCAGUCUGCGAUCCUCGGGUGUUGGACUCAACCUGACGGUGGCUUCGCGAGUGUUCCUAGUCGAUCCGUGGUGGAACGAAAGCGUCGAGAACCAAGCCAUCGACCGCUGCCACAGACUCGGACAGACCCGGCCUGUCGUCGUUGUCCGAUACAUUGUCGAGAGCACCGUGGAAGAAAAGAUCUUGGCCAUCCAGAAGCGCAAGAGCGAACUUGCGGGCGCGGUGACCAACGCGGGCGACUCCAAGAUGAACGUCGAUGAUCUCAUGGCGAUGUUUGACUGAGCUCGACGGGGCCGUGUGCUCGGCGCGCCAGCCGGACGGAUGUCUGAAUAUACACCGUGCCUGUGCCCGAGAG